CCUAGCCCUGCUUGUGCUAGGCAGAGGACAGACAGCCACUCCACUUGCUUUAGCCUAGAACCACCCCCCCAAAUCCUGGAGGUAUCCUGGUGCUUGAACUGAUUUUCCAGGCAGUAAAGCCAGCCUGGACCUUUAAGAGCAGCAGUUCCCAGUGCAGCUCUUCCUGGGAACUUUGGAGCAAACCAGCGUGGAAAGCCUGAGCUGACUGCCUGAGAGGCCUCUAUUCUAUCACAUUUUCCUGUGGCUUUGCAUCAGCCAGUCUGAAUCCUGGUACCAGUGGAGAUCAGGAGCAAUUACAACUAAGUCAUGCAAAAUGAACAUUCAAGAGUAUUUCAGAAGAAUAUCUUACAACAAGCCCCAUAAGGAUGCAGACUUGCAAACCUUAAAAGCCAUCUUCCAGCAUCACGUCCAGGCAAUUCCUUUUGAGAACCUCAGCAUGCAUUGCGGGGAGACCAUCGAGCUGGAUUUACAGCCCAUUUACAAUAAGAUCGUGCGAAAGAAACGUGGUGGGUGGUGCCUGGAAACCAACUACCUUUUAUUUUGGGCCUUGCAAGAAUUAGGGUAUGACAUCUGCAUUCUUGGUGCGAAUUGCUAUGACCCAGCAGAGAAGGCGUACGCUGCUGCGAUGAACCAUAUCCUGCUGAAGGUGGCGAUCCAGGGAAAUUCCUACAUCGUAGAUGCCGGUUUUGGUGGUGCCUACCAGAUGUGGCAGCCACUGAGGCUGAUUUCUGGGAAGGAUCAACCCCAGGUCCCUGGAAUCUUCCGCUUCAUGGAAGACAAUGGCACCUGGUACUUUGAGAAGGUCAAAAGGAAGCAUUAUAUUCCUGAGGAAAGUGAGGCUCCUUACUUCACUGACGCUCCAGGAUUGGGGAACAUCAGAAAAUUAUAUAGAUUCACUCUUGAGCCACGACAUAUAAAUGACUUUCAGGAGUUAAACACAUACCUACAAGUGUCUCCAGAUAACAUACUUCGGAAGAAGUCACUCUGCAGUCUCCAGACCACUGAAGGGCUCAUUGCCUUAGUUGGAUGGACCUUGACUAAAAUGAAGUAUAAUUACACAGAGGACAUGGACCUGGUGCACAUCACAACUCUUACAGAUGAAGAGGUUGAGAAGACACUGAAAGAUAAAUUCAAUAUAGUGCUGGAGAACAAACUUGUACCAGUAAAUGUUCGUGGCUUGCCACCUAAUUUAGUGGAUAAGAUCUAAUUCUAGCACUGUGCUAGAUGGAUCUGUAAGUAUCCAACAGAAAUGUUCUAAAAUUAACAUUAAUUACAUUAAUUGAUUCUGAAGUUGAACUAGACACAAAGCUUGGUAAAUUCAAGUACCUUGCUAGUUAACUGCCUAUACCAUUUGCAUAAUUUUUCUUAAGCUUCUCCCUCUUUGGAAACUAAGACAUCUUACUACCUCUGAUUUGCUCAUAUGGAAAUUGCUUUUUGACUCCUUAACAUUUUGUUCCAACUCUCUGGAACUCAUUUUAUUGCAGGUAUAUUUUGCAUUAAAGGAGACCAAAAUGAUACAGAAGGAGAAGCUGUGUUACCAUUUUACACAGAAGACCUCUACCCCUCUUUGCUGUUAUUUCCAAUCUUCUCAGCACAGUUUUAAAACUUAUUCACUUCCUUUAAAAGUCUGAAAGUUGAGCUGAAUUUGGCUUUCAAAGACUUACUAGAAAAAAAGAAAGGUUAGGAGUUUCUCAAAACAAGACACCAUUAGGUGCUGAUUAGCUUCUGAUGAGAUAAAUUAAAAGACUUGGUCCUAUUCUUUUACCAGGAAUUGACUUAAAGUGAGCUAUUUAUACAAGGGCACCUAACCUCCCCAGAAGCUGUUUAAUUUUGAGCAUCCCAUUUUUUCUGAGUCUGAUAUUUUUGUGUCUCUAAAUCUGAAGCAAAAUUCAUAGAAGACAAGAUGAUUCAACAGUUAAUCAGGCUUUUGCUAUCAAACCUGGAAAAAAAAAAUCAAAGUUAGAUCACCCUUUGCAAAAUAUAAUCUCAACUUUUGAGACCAAACCUUCUUGUGAUGUCAAGAGGGCAUGACAAUAUUAUAGAUAGAAGAACACUGGUCUUCUGCCAAGGAAGAGACUUUGAUGCUUGUUUCAGUCAACCACACAAGACCCACGGAGCACCUGAUGUGCCUAAAACUCAGGUGCUUUCCCAGGUGCAGCCUCAUGUGCUCUUUGCCUUCCCAAAAAGGACCUGCUCUGACAUUCCACCUCCAUCAAAUGAAGAGGGGACAUGCUCGACAGGGAGGGAAUUAAAUAAGCAGCACUGCAACUCUUUAAGGAUGCAGAAGGAGGAAAUUACUUUGUGCAAAUAAGUAUUUGUGAUGGUAUUUCUUAGGUGUGGCAGCUCCAAAAUAACUACCUGCUGCAGCUGAAGAUUUGAACAGAUUAAAAAGGGAAAAGAAGUGUCAUUUUGUGCAUCCAUGGAGCAUGGGAACACCCAGCCUGCAAUGCCUUGGCAAUUCAGUGGACCCACCAGGACACAGAUACCAUCCUCCACCACAAAGUGCUGGUUUGCAAAAUAACCAUAAUUUAAUUUUAAAAAGUU